AUGGCGAAGCAUCGGAACUGCCUUAACAUCUUUAGAGAGAUCCAAAAUGAGGGAAAGAAAGGAAUUCUAGGCAUAUAUCAGAUCCUCCUCGCGAGUGAUUCCACCUCGCCAUCGAUCGAAUCUCCUCCCAUGACCACUAAAAAGCUAUUAAAACUUCUGGAGGAUGCUGGCGCGGGCUGCUUCCUCGUCCAAGGCAGUGCACAACGCCUCAUCCUCCAUGUCGGCAGCGAGGCGGGCCUCGGCCUCCCGCGCACUCUGCUUUGCACGGCGAACACACCGGUCCAUUACUACGGCUUUGACAGCCACUCACCUCCAACGAUUGUCUCAAAAAAAAAACCUCCGACGAAUUUGAAAAGGAAAAGCCGGAGUCCGACCUCCGAUUCUUGUGGCGGCGAGUGGAAAUCUGGAUUUGCCGGCGGGCAGGCAAGCGCCGACGACGCCCACCGUCUGUUCGACGGAAUGCCUCCUGGUAGCGAGGACGAGAGUGCGCCCCUGAGCGCCACCGACCGCAUCGGUGCACUCCCCGACCAUAUUCUCCACCACCUGCUCUCUUACCUCCCAGCGCAGGCAGCCGCGCGGACGUGCGUGCUUGCCUGGCGCUGGCGCCACCUUUGGAAGUCCACUACAAGCCUGCGCAUCGUCGGCCUUGACGAUGAGGAGACUGUCCAAGUUCAAGACCUCCGGAAGUUCCACAAUCAUCUCCUGGUCCUGCGUGAGCGCACCGACCUGGAUACCGUUGAGAUCAAAUUCGAUCUGUUCAAUCAUGACGACGAGCCCUAUGUGAACCUAUGGACCCAUUUUGCUGUGAUUUGCAAAGUUCAGGUGCUCACCCUUCAUAUCCAUGACGAGCUUGAGUACCUCGACCUAGAGGACCUGCCUCUUGUCUCUCGGCAUCUGAGAACACUGAACCUUCAUGGUGUAGCCCUACGAAAGACGUUUGUUGAUUUUGCUAGUUGUACAGCAUUGGCAAAUCUGAAAAUAGAUGAUUGCUUCAUCAAUUUCAAUGAGAUAUCGUCCUGUUCCCUGAAGCAUUUGAGCAUCACUAGCUGUCAAUCUGAUUUGGAUUGCCGGGUCCGUGUUUCUGCUCCCGGCCUUGUCUCUCUGGAACUAGAAGACUUUAUUGGUAUAACCCCUUUGCUUGAAAACAUGGCAUUACUAGAAGCUGCAUGUGUGAAUCUUAGCGUUGAAUGCAAAGAUGUCUGUUUGAAUUAUGACUCUGGUGUUUUCUGCGGAGCUAAUGAUAAUACAUGUAAGAAUUGUGUUCCUGUUAGCGACGAUUGCAGCAGCGAUUGUGUGCUUCUGGGUGGUAUCUCAAGUGCUAAACACCUCAAGUUGAUAUCUGAUACUGGAAAGUUCAUUUUCACAAGAGAUUUGAAACAUUGCCCUACAUUUAGCAAGUUAAAGACUUUAUUACUCAACAAGUACUGGUGCGAGGCUCCUGAUUUGGAUCCACUAUCUUGCAUUCUGACAAACUCACCAGUUCUCGAGAAGCUCACUCUUGAACUUUCUCCCGAGGCGCAAAAUCCUAAACUGGAGAUAAAAGGAAGCUACUGUUGCAUGGAGAGACCGUCUGCAAUAUCAGAGCACCUCGACAUAGUUGAAGUCAAGUGUGAUGUGAUCGAUGAGAUAAUUCUUAAAGUUUUGAAGUUCUUGUGUGCAUUUAACAUACGAUUCAGUUUCGAGUAAGGGUAAGAUCUUGGUUGUUGUCGGUCUUCCAUGUCUCGGCCAUUAUGAAAUUCAAGGCUUAAGCAUAUAUAAGCAUCUUAUGCCAACUCUACUUAGACGAACGAUGUAGAAUCCCCACUAUAUAACUUAUGACCUGUAGACCAUCUUGCUGGACUUGGUUUUAUGGUAUCCUGUUGCACCUAAGCGUUUCUUUGUUGGCUUGUGCCCAUGCAUGUUCUGUUAUGAUGGAUCUGUAUAUUUUGUCUCCUGAGCUAAGACAUGGAUGUUUGGAAAAGUGAAACAGGAGGUGUAGAGUGUAGAGUUGCGCACAUAUGUUGCACUUUGACUAGCUGCUGUUGAUUCAUUUUUCUGAUGUUGCUAUAUCUAGGCAGAGAAAACUAAAAAUGAGCUACAGCUCUGAACUUAUGUUACCAGCAAUGGGAGGGAUACACAGCAGUUGCUACUCUGAUUGAUCUCUGCCACCCGUUUUCUCAUUCAUCUCUGCUGCUGGCACCUAUGGGAGCACGGGAAAGGCGUCAUCUUAGACUGACAAAACGCUGACCUAUGGUAGUGACAUCUGCUGCUCAAGUCGCAGGGUGCCCAUGCUUGGGUCUCUUUCCCUGACAUGAGGUGUAGUUAGGGUCGCCUCUCCUUCCCACGUGUCUGUUCUUUCGCAAGGUCUGUCACGUUUGUAGAAACAUCUUGCUCAAAGUUGCCGUUUUCAAUACAAAUUCACAUGCUCUCUCUCUUCCUCUCUUAUAUGCUUCAGUAUAAUGGUCACAUGAGCCGCCCUACGUGAUUGUGAUCCAUAUGGUGAAUCAUAUUGCUAUGUGAUGAACAAUUACUUUAUGAUCAGAUCAUGAUGUUUGAUUAGAAUGUCUAUAGAUGUAUAUUCCUGUUCAAUUCAUCAGUCCAUC